UUGGUUCAAGCAGAACCGGUUCCUCUUGUGCAGUGAGGUCAAGAUGCCUCCCAAAUUUGUGAGUGAUGGUGUGCACUUCAAGCAUGCGUUCUGCUCCUUGAACGGCGGCAAGCUGGAUGACUUCUACAAGGUGGAGACCAAGAAGAAGCUCGGCGAGGGCUCCUACGGCUCCGUGUCGAAAGGCGUGCACAAGUCCACGAACGCGUUGCGCGCCAUCAAGGCCAUCGACCGAACGAAGAUCGCCGAUGGAGAACGCUUCCAGACUGAAGUUGACAUCCAGUCUGCACUGGACCAUCCCAACAUCGUUAAGCUAUACGAGGUGUUUGUAGAUGCCAAGAAGGUGUACUUGGUGAUGGAGCUUUGCAAUGGCGGGGAGCUUUUCGACCGCAUCCUGGAAGAAGCUGAGAAGCACGAAGGAAAUGACGCAGCACGGGCCUUCGAUGAGCGCGGAGCGGCGACAUAUAUGCAGCAGAUCCUCGGGGCAAUGAGCUAUUUGCACAACAACGACUUUGUACACCGCGACAUCAAGCCCGAGAAUUUCCUGUUGCAGAAUCGGGACCCUGACGCCCCUAUCAAGGUCAUUGACUUUGGCUUGGCGAAGCACCACAAGGUGGCCUCCGGCGAGAAGAUGAAAACCAAGGCGGGGACGCCGUACUACGUGGCGCCGCAAGUGCUGGAGGGCUGCUACGAUGAGAAGUGCGACGUGUGGAGCUGCGGGGUGAUUUGCUACAUCCUCCUUUGCGGCUAUCCGCCAUUCUAUGGGGACACAGAUCCUGAUAUUCUGCGAAUGGUGAAGAAGGGCGCCUUCACCUUUCCCCCGGAGGACUGGGACGACAUCUCACCCGACGCCAAAGACUGCAUCUCGCUGAUGCUCACCUUCAACGCCGCCAAACGGCCCAGCGCGGCACAGAUGCUGGAGCACCGGUGGCUGGACAAGAACGCAGAGGCUCCCAAGGGCAAGCCGCCCAAGGACCUGUGCAGAAACUUGAAGAAGUUCAACGAGGGCUCCCGCAUGAAGAAGGUGGCGCUGACACUCAUUGCGCAGCAGCUCAAGGAUGAAGAUCUCGAGCAACUCCGAACCACUUUCUUGGUGCUGGAUAAGAAUAAGGAUGGUACACUCAGCAUCGAAGAGAUCCAAAAGGGCAUCGCCGAUUCGGCUCUGGAGAUUCCACCGGACCUCAUUGAAAUCAUGUUGAAUCUUGACACGGACGGUUCUGGAAACAUUGACUACACAGAAUUCAUCGCGGCCACCUUGAACCACAAGCAGUACCUCAAGAAGGAGGUGCUGUGGUCAGCCUUCAGGGUGUUCGACAAGGAUGGCGAUGGAAAAAUCACCAAGCAAGAGCUUGGGGCCAUUUUGAAGGAGCAAGCUGAUGGGGAGGCAAUCCGGGACAUGGUCUCGGAAGUCGACUUGGAUGGCGAUGGCGAGAUUUCAUUCGAUGAGUUUGUAAAGAUGAUGGAGAAGGGCGUCGAUUUGAAGUAGGAGCUCAUGGGAGCGAGAAGCCAGCGUGAAGAGCAAGAAGUGUGAGAAGUGCGAGAGAUGGAGAAGCAUCCAUUCUCAAGCGCAAGCGAAACAAAAGUAACCGCCAAACGCAUGAAUAUUCUCACCGCGUGUCACGAGUGUCUCACCGGACAGGACUGAGCCGAGCGGAAACUGAUGCGUUCCCUCGUGAAAGCUCCAAGCCAACAAAUUCGAUAGUUCGAGUGAGGAAAGCACACCA